AUGGCCAGAACAAACAAAACCACCCGAAGAACCUGUCGACAGGUUAAUUCGUCAGUUUCGAUUACCCCUACGUCGCCACGGCGAUCACAAACAAUUGUGGAUACCCCUCGAAGAACGCGCCUUAUUUGCGCCGCAGAGUCUACCGCUGGCAAACUACCUCGUAAGGAGUUAUUCAAAGCAUAUGGAGUUUCUGAAUCUACUGGCUAUCGGUUACUUAAGUCGAAAUCAACGCGCCGCAGCGAACGCAUACAUAAUCGAGGUCGAAAGCGAGUUCUUGCUCCUUAUCAAUGUGAUGCUAUUGAAACAGUCGAAAAUGCCUCAUUUCAAUUUGCAGCUACCUCUCAUUAUGCUAUUGCAAGAGCUAUUGGCUUAGAUAAUGGAUCUGAGCGAGCAAUUCGAAGAAAUAUGGCUGAAUAUGGCGUGGGGACCUUUAUGGCGCAGCAGAAAAAAUUCAUUUCUUCUACGUCAAUUGAAAAACGCGGAAUUUGGGGAUUUGACCGUCGAUAUUGGCAUUUAAACGACUUCAAACGCUAUAAAUAUAGCGACGAAUCACACUUCGCUUGUGCCUUGCAACGACAAGCUCGAAUUCAUCGUCGUCGUGGCACAGAUGCGCGAAAUGCUCCCAAAAAGGUCCAAUUUCGAUUUAAACGCCGAAAUCAAGUAUGGCACGUUUUUGCGUACAUUGGAUGGGAUUUCAAAAGCAAGCUACACUUCUACACAGGCUCAGGAGCAGGGGGGAGACUUACGCAAGUUGAUUAUGUUACUAUUUUGGAGGAAGUUGUUGCUCCUAAUUGGGAUCCUAAUUGGGUACUUUUAGAGGAUAACGAUAAUGCUCAUGGCACCCGUGGCGAUGCCGAUAACAAAUGCAAACAACGAAGAAACGUUUGGGCAUCAGUUGGGAAUCUAAUCCUCCAGAGUCGCCUGAUUUGA